UGAAUGUUAAUUGUCAUCUGUCAUUUGUAGUUCUAAAAAAAGUACAAAUGUAUAAAUUAUUUUGAGGCGUAAAUAAUUAUAGGCUCCGUUCCUUCGUUACAUACAAUUUAGAUAUAAAUAAAUGCCAAUAUCAUUAUCUUCAUGAAUUGCAUGUAAUGUGUUGAAUUGAAAUAGUACAAAUGAAAUGCAAUAUUCGUGAACUUGCCCAGCUGAGUGAUCAGCCCUGUAUAAUCGAAGGAAGACUAAAUUAUAAAAAAAUAUCAAAUGGUAGUUACCGCAAUCAAACAGUUUUCAAGGAGAGAUGGUUUCGUUUGAUAAAAAAUUAUUUAUUUUAUUUUAAAAUAAGUGAAAUGGGAAAAUUUGAUACAAAAAAUCCUGCUGGCAUGUUUGUUAUGGAAAAUUCAUCAAUACAGAUGGAGCAUGGGCUGAAUAUACCAUUUUCGUUUUCCAUAUCAUUUAUAGAUGAACCUGAAAAACGACAUAUAUUUGCAGCUCGCGCUGAAGACAAUGUCGUUCAGUGGGUGAUGAAGUUACGAGAGUGUUCAUAUGAAUAUUUACGCAGUCGCCUGCAUACACUCCAGUCGAAGAUAUAUUCCAUUACUGGCAAGGAUCCUCUUCUAUUGGUGCCGCGAAACGAAGGUGCUUGUUUAUGGGCGCCAGCAGUGCCUUACUCAACGACCCCCGCCUGCACAGUGAACACUAGCUCGUUUAGUUGCCACCUCCACACUAAUGGCGCGUUCACACUCGAAAGGAGUAAAUCGGAUGUGCAGGCGCAUAAGCAUUUUCAAACGGAAUUUAAGAAAAAGACUACAUUUUAUACGGAAUCCCAUCAGACGCACAACGAAGAGAAACAGAGUUCAUCACAAGUGUUCUAUAUAGAAAGAAGUAAAACGUCAGCGCUCCUUCCGGGAAGUACAAACGUUCUGAAUACGUCAAUAUUUGACAACCGGCCGAUGUAUUCCCGAACGGCUCCCAGUCCUCCCGUACGGACUAAGUUAUCACCGAGCACCAGGCGGGCUGAAAUCAACCACGAUGUCAAAACAUUAACCGAGCAAGGGAAACAUCUAGGGACGACGGGCAUAUUAGACGACACUCCUGUACCACCCAGAAGAAAGUUAUCGCCGAAAAAUGCCGAAUUCGACGUUGACGGCGAUUCACGGCAAAAUACGAGUAAGUCGACUGAAGAUCUAAUAACGUUUUGAUUCUAUGCCUGGCUGGUAAAUAUCCCACCUAGUAAAAUAGUAAGCCCUUGCCAACGAUUGAACUCGUACAUUUCCUUAUAUAUAAAUAGAACUUAUCUGCGAACGUCUCUCUGACAUUGAGAAAAUGUGAUAUUAUAUAGCAAGUAAUAUGUAGCAUCGAAGUAGAUAGUUUAGGUUUAUUGCAACAAACCAAAAUGAAUAAGACACAGUAGGUACUUGUUAAAUAUAUUAUUUGCGAAGUUAGGAACAAACGAAAUUUCAUUGAACUUAAUGCAAUAAACAGUUAUGAUUAUAAUUAAGCUCAAUAUUAGUCAAAUUAUUUUUGCAUUAAUGUUUAUUUUCAUAAGUGUUCCAUGGGAAUUUAUAAAAAAAAACAUGGUAUAUGAAAUGACAGAGAUCCGCCAUUUUAUAUAAUAUACUAGCGACCCGCCCCGGCUUCGCACGGGUGCAAUGCUGACUAUUUAAUGGAUGUUAUUAUUAUACAUAUAAACCUUCCUCUUGAAUCACUCUAUCUAUUAAAAAAAACCGCAUCAAAAUCCGUUGCGUAGUUUUAAAGAUUUAAGCACACAUAGGGACAGAGAAAGCGACUUUGUUUUAUACUAUGUAGUGGUAAAUUGACUGGUACUUGGAAGAAUUGGUAGAGCCGAAAUUAUUUUAUCCUCUGAUAUUAUAAAAAGAAAGUAUAUUCCCCUUAUUGGGGUCAAAUUACAGUUUCAAUUAUCUCAAGUAUGUCUCGAAUCCAAAGAGUUACAAAUUCGAUCGCCUGAUUUGCGAAAUAAAACUAAGAUUUCACCGGUUUUGUAAUUUUAAAUUCGAUUAGGACUUGGUUAUUUUUUUAAACAUAGUAAUUAUUGAGCCUUAGAAUGCUAAAUGCAGAAUGCAUUGGUGGAUGCGGGUAGAAGGAAUAGUAUGUUGACAUUAUACAUACAUACAUAUAAAGUGGUAUUUCGAUAUUUUUGCGAAACAUAUUGAAGUCGUUUAUCAUCCGAAGGGUAUAUUUCAAGUAAAAUGUAAUUGCCAAUACUAAAGGUAUUUACCUAUCGCAAAUUUGUUAUUAAAGUGUCUUAUCGGCGUAAUUAAAAAAAUAUCGACUCUCGGUUGAAUAAAUCGGCACAUUGCAGUUAUAUUUUAGAGUUUGGAACAUAAUAACAUGAUGCCUAGUAAGUCAUCAGUAAUUAAAUUUCAAUAAUAAGUUACAUGAACGUGACCAAAAUUUAGAAUAAUAUCAGUAAAUAUGGACCCAAUACAAAUGAGUUUUCCUGAUAGUAGAAUGAUAAUUUUAGAUGUUAAUUUAGAUCCAUGUUUGCAUUUUAUACCUUACCUAGCUCAUUAUAAGUAGUAGAAUAUCGCUUUUCACAUAGUCAUUACUUACUACACAUCAUUUCUCAAAAUUUUCAUAUCACUGAAAAGGGAUGUUCUUCUACAGUUUGGUUGCAUUGUAGAGAUUAUUAUAGUAAAAUUAUAUAGUUAUAAUAUUAAAUUUAAAAUCAAAUAUCACAAUAUACCGUUUAAUUUAAUUCUUAAGGUGAUUCGCCGUCUCUCCUAGCCCAUGUGGAGUACUAUAUAGGUAAUGUAUUCACAUAAGAGGAGCAGACCUAUCAGUGUGGCAUAUAUCAUAAUUAUUCUCAUUUUUAAUAACUUAAAAAAAAAUCGCGAUAAUCGAAUUUUUAAUUUUGAGCAAAUGUUUAUUUACAAUAAAUUCUUCGGGAACUAUGAGCAGGAAAUUGAGAGGAGGUAUCAGAGAUUUUUUUUUCCUUUGGUCCCACCUACUCUCAAAAACCAUUUGCCAAAAAAAGGCAAAAUUUUAGUAAGUGAUCAUAAUAUUCUACGUGGACUUCAUUACGGGGCCUGUUCUGCACUUGUGUUAUUGUGUGGAACACGGUUGAAUAUAUUUUGAAAUGAUGUAGGUCAAUCUAACUAAUUCUAAAUGGUUUUGAUAGAAAUUUGUACAGAACAAUUUUCAUACCUGACGCACGUAAGAAAGUCAUAGAUAUAAGUAUUAUUAUGUAAUUAUAAUUUGUAUCCAAAUAUAUAUUUUUAUAUUACCGAUUACGGAAUACCAUAAUGUUUUAUACUUAACAAAGAAAAAUGUUAAUAAAAAUGCCUAUAUAAGUAACACAUUGGCCAUGAAAAAUAUGUAAAUAUUUUUGUUUAUUUUAGGACUAUUAUUUGGUAUUUUCAUAAUAACAAAUGAAUGUCCCGUCCAAAAGCUGUUUCAUAGUUCUUACGUACAUACAUAUAUUGUGCAUUAGUAGUCGAUUUUAGCCAGUUGCGUGGUUUCAUUAUAAUAUUAACAGCACUAUAUGCAUACACUGUUUAUUUUCGUGAAAAUUUUAAAAGUUUUGCUUGGUUCUUAAAAUAAUUGUAAUCUGUAUCCAUGGAAUAAAAUUUCUAUGUAAGAAAUGAAGAAAAUUAAAACUGCUAUUAUGGG